AUGCUGUCUAAAGGGCAGAUUCGUAUGAUUUUGCUUUAUGUGUUCAAACUUGGACGAAAAGAUGUGCUCAUGAAAAUAAUAUGUCCAUUCACUUCACAGUACCCAUGUGACUUCGAAAAUCCCGAAAAAAUAGUGAUCAGUCACUAUUUUUUCGAAAAUUCCGAUCCGGAGACACAGACCUCCAGGAUGAGCCAGUUCGAAUCACCGGUGGAGUCCGAUCCACGAAAAACUAUUCGUGACUUAGCGGAACUUCAAGUGUCGACUGUCGCCAAGCAUUUGGAAAAACCUGGAAAGGUGAAGAUGGAUCAAUGUGCACCUCAUAUUGAACGUUGA